AGACAUUCUUUUCUCUGCUCACUCUGCACUUCUCACUCACAGACUCAAGAACUCAAAACAACCCCACCUGUGCUUUUUGGUUGUUUUACUCAUAUUGUCUCUCACGGGCUCAUGACUGAUUAAUCAUUUAUCCUUUUGCUGUGUAAAGACAACCAUCUUGGCCUUCCUUUUUCUCACAUUCCUUUGAUUUUCUGGUGUUGUGUUCUAUGCCUAUAUUGCUCAAUUGAAGACCAUUCUUUAUCUGUGUUUCUAAAAUCAUGGUUUUGGGAUUGAAGGGCAGAACUAGGAAUAGCCCCUCAGUUCAAGUCGAAUAUCUAAUCCAUAUUAAGGAGAUUAAACCUUGGCCACCGUCGCAUUCAUUGAGAACGCUCCGUGCUGUUCUAAUCGAAUGGGAACACGAAGAUAAGCACUCUGGAUCUACUAAUCAAGUUGUUCCAUCGUCGGGAACUGGUUCUGGUAUUGGUGACGGGAGAAUUGAAUUCAAUGAGUCAUUUAGACUUCCCGUGACACUACUAAGAGAAACUUCGCUUAAAGGUGGAGACGGAAACGCGUUCCAAAAGAAUUGCGUAGAAUUCCACUUGUAUGAACCCCGGCGUGAUAAGACCGUGAAAGGUCAACUUUUAGGAACUGCGAUCAUUGACUUGGCAGAUUAUGGUGUUGUUAGAGAGAGUUUGAGCAUAUGUCCCCCUAUUAACUGCAAGCGAACUUAUAGGAACACAGCACAGCCUCUUCUUUUCCUGAAAAUUCAGAUAGGUGAGAGGAGUCGUGUGAGGUCAUCCUUGAGGGACAAGUUAAAAAGAGAAGCUUCAAUGGACCGAAAUGGUUCUCUUUCUAGAUUACUGAGUGAAGAAUAUGCUGACGAAGCUGAGUUUGCUUCAUACACUGAUGAUGAUGAUGAUGAUGUUUCCUCGCAUUUAUCAGUGCCUGUUUCUUCUUCAACUAACGAAUCAAACUAUGGUUCACCCCCUCAAGAAGAGGAUAGAUCCGAGGGAGUAAAAAGUAGCCCUCGACGAGAUGAAGACGAAAAUGUCCUUGAUUAUAAGAAAAGGCUUGCAAAUAUGGACGAGACGCCAGAGACAAAAUCUCUACCUAGUUUGAAUGGAAGUUUGUCGCACUCCUCAACUGAUUUGUCCUCUGAUCUGGCUUGGAUUUCAAAGAAAAUUGGUGGUUGUAGUAGCAUUCAGUAUUCGACAUCAAAUGUGAGUGAUAUAACUGAGGAGACACAGAAUGCCUGCAUGAUAAUCAAACAGGACAAGCAAGUACAAUGUAUGGAACAAAUACCGGUCAAUGGCGAAAGUGUUAAUGAACAAUCCAGUCGGCAGAACUCAGAUCCAGCUGAAAAAGCCUGUCCUAUUCCGCAUAUCACAGAUGAUAACAAUAACUUUGUGAGCACAGUUAGUAAUUUCUCCGAUAGUGAAAUUGAAGAGAACACUUCCACUCCACCUGUAAAUUCGCUGUGUGAUGAUGCAAGAGCUGCGGUUACCAAAAAUGGUUCUGUUGAUGGUGAAAACAGUGAGGGUUAUCAGCAAAAUGAACAAGGAAAAGAACCUAUGGAAGAUGAAGGGCAAUGCAAAAACGAUGAGUCAAUCAGUUGCUAUUCAGAAGAGGAUACUGUAAAACAUGAUUUGAAGGAAACUCAUGCAAUUUCUGCUUACAGGGACAGUUCCGGAGCAAAGAGUAGUACCCCCGAUAAUGAGAUAUUAAAGCAUGUAAUGUCAGUCAGGUCAUCACCAGAAUCAAAUAGGGGUGACGGAUCUGUCGGAAGUAAUCAGCUUUUAGUACAAGACACUCUGAAAAGUGCUCGAGGUUUUUCAAGCAAUGAGAGAAAAGAUCAAAAAGCGAGUCCAAGGGACACAACAAACAUUCUUUUGGAAAGCAAAAUCCAUAAGUUGGAGCAAAGAGUAAAGAUGCUUGAAGGAGAAUUGAGAGAAGCUGCUGCUAUUGAAGUUGGCCUUUACUCAGUUGUUGCUGAGCAUGGAUGUUCCAUGAAUAAGGUCCAUGCUCCGGCAAGACGCCUGUCCAGGUUCUAUCUACAUGCAUGUAAAGAAACCUCCGUAUUGAAAAGGGGAAGUGCUGCUAAAAGUGCUAUUUCUGGAAUAUAUUUGAUUGCAAAAGCAUGUGGACAUGAUGUUGCUAGGUUAACUUUCUGGCUAUCAAAUUCAGUGGUGCUGAGAGCAACUAUAACCAAAUUCCAUGGGCAGCAGCAGUUACCUCUUUCUACUGAAACUAUGCUUGGAAAUUCUGUUGUCACGGACAAGAAGAAGUUUUCCCCACUUAAGUGGGAAUCUCACUCUAGCAACGGUGUAGAAGAUGAUAUUUGUGAUAGUUUAGGCAAUUGGAAGGACCCUGUUACAUUUAUAAGAGCACUUGAAAAAGCAGAGGCUUGGAUAUUCUCCCGCAUCAUUGAAUCUAUUUGGUGGCAGACUCUCAUUCCACAUAUGCAGUCUGGUGCUGCAACCGCAAUCUGUAAUAGCAUGGGUUCCGAGAUAAACAAUGUUUGCAGUAAGACGUCUAGUUCAGGUGCUGAAGAGCAUGUAAAUUUUUCCUUGGAUCUUUGGAAAAAAGCCUUGAAAGAUGCCUGUGAUAGGAUUUGCCCUGUUCGAGCUGGCGGACACGAAUGUGGCUGUUUGCGUUUGCUCUCUAAAUUGAUAAUGGAACAAUGUGUGGCUAGAUUGGAUGUAGCUAUGUUCAAUGCUAUCCUUCGAGAGUCUGCUGAUGAGAUGCCUUCAGAUCCUAUAUCAGAUCCCAUCAGUGAUGCCGAGGUGCUUCCCAUUCCAGCUGGAAAAGCUAGCUUUGGGGCAGGUGCACAACUGAAAAAUGCGAUAGGGAAUUGGUCUAGAUGGCUCACUGACCUUGUUGGGAACUCACUACACGAUGAAAAUAGAGCAGAUAAUGAUGAUGAUGGGAGUGAAGAAUAUGAUACAUCUUCCAAAUCUUUCUAUCUCCUCGACGCACUGAGUGAUCUUAUGAUGCUUCCAAAGGAUAUGCUGUUAAGUAGGACAAUAAGAAAAGAGGUCUGUCCCACAUUUGGUCCAAUUAUAAUAAGAAGGGUUCUUAAUGUUUUUGUCGCGGAUGAGUUUUGCCCUGAUCCAAUACCUGAAUGUGUACUUGAAGCUCUUAACACAGAGGAUCCUUUUGACGCGGAAGAAGAUUCAGUCAUGAGCUACCCCUGCACAGCAGCUCCUAUAGCAUAUAAGCCACCUUCAACAGCUUCAGUGGAUAGUCUAUUAGGUGACAUUAGUAGCCAUUCUAAGCUGAGACGGAUCGGAUCUUCAGUGCUCAAGAAGUCAUACACAAGCGAUGAUGAGCUCGAUCAAAUGGAUAUGAACUUCAUCAUUUCUGAGGGCAUUGAAACUUCACCACUUGCAAAAUCCAGUAGGAUAUUGAAAGGUAAUGUUGAUGGAAAUGCUGUGAGGUAUCAACUCCUUAGGGAGGUAUGGAUAAAGAGUGAAUUAUGAUUUUGAUCUGUAGUAAUUAUCUUUAUAAAGUAAAAAGAAUGUUUGCCUUCUUUUUACUUCUGUUAAUAAAUAUUUGCAGCUAACGCAACUGCUGUAUUCCUUCUCA